AUGCCUAAGAAAAAACAAGAAAAAGCUAAGACUUCCGAGCCGCCACCAGAGCCUCUUCCUCAGGAUCUCCCUGAUGAUUGUCCUUGGAAGCUUAGUUAUAGAAAAACGAAAGACAACAGAAUUGUUUUAUUUGCUACUAUGGAUCAAGGAAGUGAAGGCUACUGCUGGACAAUAGUGUUCAGUAGAAUGGUAUCAAUUCAUCUCUACAUCCAUAAAAAAGUCAAAAAGCUUUUGAACCUUUCUGCAAAGCACUUGUUUGCUAAUAUCGAAGAAAAGCUUGAUAAUGGAAAUUUAAAAAGCUACAAAAGUUUGGAUGCUUUUCUUAAAAAUGAAGGCUUGGUUUUAGAACAAGAAUGCAAAUGCAUUGUGGGAAAAACCGAAAUCAACAGUGUUCAAUGUGAUAAAGUAAAAGACAAAGAAACUUUCAAGAUCCUUGAUUUCGUUGUUGUAGAAGGAGAUAAAGUUAAUGAAAGUGACAUAAUACAUUUGCUGAAUACAAAAGGUCCGAUCGCAGCCCAUAUAAGGGUGAAUCGAAAUUUCAAGAAAUCGUACAAGGGAAACGAUACGGACGAGAUGUAUUAUGGACCGAGUAAUAAGGGACAAAUUGAUGACCAUAUCAUUUUACUUACUGGAUAUGCAACAAAAAAUGGCGUUCAUUACUUUGAAUAUCAGAACUCAUGGGGAUCCAAAUGGGGACUUGAUGAUGGUUUUGGAAAGUUUGCAAGAAAAAUAAGUCUUCCAAAGAACCAAAAAUCUUUGGUAGUAGCUUACAUGUACCCAGAGGUCUUUAGCAAAGGAAUGAAUACGUUACAUUUGCCUCUUGUUCUACGGAAGACGGGUCCUGAGGCUGAGCUUAACUUUGAAUGUGGUUGA